AUGGCGUCGUUAGGAAUCGGAUCGUGACAAUGGGCUCAAAAGGAGACAAAAGAGUAUGAAAAAGCCUGGGGGAGAAAACAAAGCCACGUGAGUUAGGCUUCUUUGUUUUUCUGAAACGAGCGUCAAUGUCUUCAACAGCAGAUGCCAAUGCUAGAGCUGCCACACACAGGAGGUCAGUGAUCGAACCUUCUCGUCUUUCUUAUUAUCCUCCGUUAACCUAGUGUUGUAGUUGUGAGGCUACUGUUGUAUUUCAAUUUGGUGCCUUGGGUGGGUCCGAAGGGCUGCCGCAGGGAGUUCUGGGUCAAAAAAAAAAGAAAAAAAAGAAAAAAAAAAACAGAUGCCCCUGCUAGCUUGACAAAGUUACGGCAAGACUGUGUCGCGAUCAAUUGAUUCAGUUCCAGACUUCAUUCCACACUUCAAGUCUUCUACGGCUUCGAACUUCAAAGCCCUCACUCCUCAGAUCUUCUCAGUUCUCAAAUCACUCAACAAAGGAUUGAAGAGUGAGGAGGCAUCUUUUCAUUGCUCCAAUGAAGCAUAUUGUGAAGAUUAUGACAUUGCUGGUGGCAAUAUCUGCCUUUUGGAUUGGCCUCUUGCAGACAUCAAUUAUUUCGCAUAGCCAUGCUUGGUUGCUUCCUCUUCACUUUAUUGUGUCAUUAGGAUGCUAUGGCCUGUUGAUGGUUGGAGUUGGUUUGAUGCGAUUUCCAACUUGUCCCCACGAGGCAGUGCUGUUGCAGCAGGACAUUAUUGAGGCCAAGGAAUUUCUAAAGCAAGGAGGGGUUGAUGUGGGUUCUUAUUGAUCUGAUUAGCAAAGGUUUUUUUUUUAGGUGAGUGUUCCCAAAGUGUCCAUCUAUUAUGAGACGGAUGGAGUAGUUGAAGUUACUGAGCAUUUAUUCAAUCAAUGAAAUUUAUAUAAAUUGUCAAGGCAAAUGAUGUGGUUAGAAUUUUUCCUAUCAUUAUAUUCUUUAUUGUUUUCUAUGGAAUUCUUGUUUAUAGAUUUUUUGGCAGUGUUUCCAUAUAACCAAAAGAUCGAUAAUUUAUAGUUUUUAGCUUUGAUAAGCAGUUAGGCACUAUAGUUUUCUUUUUAUUUGUUAUUGUUUCAUGACUCACAUCACGAGAAUUUGCCGUGGCCAUCAAUCUAUAUGAAAACGAGACUUUAUGUAUGCAACCAGGUUGGUUUAUUCCAUGUAUGCAAAUCGGGUUUAAAUUGGAUCCAAUUAUGCAUAUACAUUUUUGUCAACUGAUUUAAUUUUUAUUCUUAAUUUAACAGCAUUGUGACGGCAAGAUGGUCUUUACAACAUUUUCAAAAAACAUCAAAAGUUUUCUUGCUAAAAUAUAAUAAUAAGUCAAGGAAUUACUUAAAAAAUUUAGAAGUGAGGUUUCCUUACAAUUAGUCCAAAAAUUUAUGUCUCAAUGUGAAAAUUGUUCCUGAAGAGCAACAUUUUCCUUCAGAAUUCGGAUUUUUGUAAAAAAAAAUUUAAUGAAGAUCAUUUUUUGUCCCCUAUACUUCAUUGGAUCCAAAAGUUACUUGCCGGUUGAACUUUUAGGCCAACCUUAUGUCAUGAUGGUGGUCCAAGUCCAAGGCUUGAUUCCAUUGAGCUCCAAUAGUCAUGAUGCCAAUCAGGCCUAUAUAUAUAUAUAUAUAUAUAUAUAUAUAUAACAUAUACACAAAUAUAUAUUUGUCGUAUAAAUAGAAGCAAAAUAGACAGGAGGAACGAAGACUAGGGCAACCGAAGAUGAUCAUACCGGUCCGUUGCUUCACUUUCGGAAAGGUACAUCACUGUAUUAUAACUUUUUGUUCUCCGACAGAUGAUCUUUGUUUCUUCAAUUGACUGAGAAACAUUUUUAUUACACAUUUUUUUGUAAUUGUUCUAUAUAUGUAAGGUUGUUCUUCAAAUGUUUGUUUCUCUUAGGUCAUUGGAAACAAAUGGGACACAUAUCUUAAUUUUCUUCAAGCGGAUUACACCAAAGGGUGAGAAACACUCACUCGCUUUCUUUUAGUUUCUUUUUACUUAUAUUUCAUUAAUUUUCUUGCAGUUCAUCAAGAUUCUUUAAGAAUACACUUUAUUGGCUGUCAAUUGCUAUAAUUUGAUGAAUUAAAGCAUGGUUUUCUAGAUGGAAAUUCAUGUAUACAUUUGAUGAUGUCUGAGUGCCCAUUCCAACUUUGCGAUUAUGUUACUUUAUAUCUAAUUUUUUUAUUGCUCAUGUAUAUAGUACACCAUUAUCUCUCUCUCUACACACACAUAUAUUGGUAAGAUAAAUUUACAAGAAUCUACUUGCCAUGAAACAUUUUUUUUUUUUUU